AUGGACCAAGCAGCAACCUUCUCGAGUGGCACAGGCGCAACCGUCGCUUCAAUCUUCCAGCACUGGCAGCAAAGGGCGGCCCGUCAGAGAGGCGCCCAACCUCUACCAGAUGAGCGGUCAAAAGACCACAAGGGGAUAAACAUUCAGGUCUCCGAGCUGCAACCCGCCCACUUGAAUGGAAGUACACCCUCUACACCACGGACGCCCAAUAAACCAUUCUUUGAGCCGCAAUUACGAAGGUGGCCUCAAGAGCCUCAACCGAUUAUCAACGACCCCUUUGUGGAGAGAUGCCUUGACGCGGUCGAUAUCAUAAUCUGUCUGCUCCCAUGCAUCCUCAUUAUGAAGGCUGGGCUUUGCGUCCUUGCACACGAGAUCGACAAAACGCAUGUUGGGCCGUCGAUCGACAAGGCCAGCCAACUCACCCUGCGCCUGAUUGAGUUCAAUGGCCAACUCACCACCAUCUUCACCAUCAUAUUCAUCGUGAUUGUCUCCACGACUGUGAGGCGGUACGCUCUAUGGAAAGCCGAGAAAGGAGCCACGAUCGGAGAGAUCGAGCAACUGCACGCGUCGAUAAGCCUGACGGCGACGCUCAAGGCGAUCUGGUCGCUCAGGAGAUUCACUCUCACCGGCCUCGCACUGAUCUUUGUCUGGUCGUGGUAUUACGUCGGGUCGCAGGCCACGACGAGGGAGUAUUCCUACCGCGAUUCCGACAGCCACACUACCCAGUUAGUUGCGUUCCUCGACUCAAAGGCAACAUCUCCAUUCGUGGGCGAUGAAAUCAACAAACAACAUACCUCGCCCGUCAAGACUACCGACAUGACGGCUCGGUACCAUAUGUACAGCUCCUUCACUGCGGGGACUCAAAAGACAAACGUUCAGGGCGCAAAGUCCGUCCAAGGCGCCGACAUCUACGGAGCAACGCUCACUCCCUGGUACGGGCCUCCCCGCGGCUCUCCAGACGGCUGGAGGAACCUCGACUUCGAUGACGACAAUUGGCUCGAGAUAGCACACAUGUCGGACCAACCGGUCAUGUCCUCCAUCGGGACAUCCUUGUACUGGAGGAACCUUUCGGCCUCGAGCCCCGACGUGUGGACGCCGCAAAAGAUGGUCGGCUCCUUCUACUAUGAAGUGUCCAACUUUCAAGCCAACUGCACGGCGCCCUUGCUGUCAACCAAGGACAAGCCACAAGGUGCUGUGGCCGCAUUGUCAACGACCAUGAACAUGACUGGCACGCCCCCCAACUCCCUUAAGCCUCGCGAACUAUCCUUCUGGCACUGGGUCAACGCCACGCACAGCCUGACCUCUACAUGCGAGAUGACUAACGUGACGCUGCAGAUCGACGCGUUGUGCACGGCAGCGACCUGUAAACCGACGCGGGUGAAACACAUCUCCACCUCGCCCCGUACGUUGCUCGACUCCGACGUCUUCGCCGCUUCAUUCUUCGACUCAAUGCUCCUGGCCUGCGGCAUGCCCCAGCACGAAGGCGACUUCUCCACCUUCGACAACGACAACGGACUGGUCGACCUGAAGAACCAGCUUGAGGAGAAUGAACUGCAAGAUCCGACGAGUCUAGCAGCUGCGCAGGCCGACGCCCAGUUCCCACUUUCCAUGGCCAUCACGAGAUUCAUGAACACCUAUUUCCGAUCCUCCCAAAUGCUUCGUUACGAGCAUGAUUUCCAGAACGACCUCUCUGUCAGUGGGUCGAUCGAGCUGAACGACAACCCAGACUUCACGUUCUUGGCCAUGAACGGCGCCAUCUACAACCCGCAGUACUGGCUCUCCUGGCCCUGGCUGGCCAUGGACAUUGUCUCCAACAUCGUCCUCCUCGUGGCGGCCAUCUGCGCCUUCUGGUUGCGAAAGCAUACCCUCGCGCCGGAUAUCUUUGGGUUCGUCUCCAGUCUGACGAGGGACAAUCCGCACUUGCAUCUGCCAGACGGGGGCAGCACCCUCAGCGGUGUUGAACGGAGCAGGGCGAUGAACCUGGUGAAAGUGAAGAUAGCGGAUGUCGGCGAGGACGCCAGGGUGGGCCGAGUCGCACUUACACAGAUCGACGGGUCCGAACAGGUCAAAGAUCUGGAAAAGGGCAAGACGUACUACUGA